ACCCCUCCUCCCUCCUCACCGCCAACAACACCUACACCGACUGGACCGUUAACACCCGCGCCACCAAGCACAUCCUCGGGCGCCCUUACCAGGUCAUCAUUUUCGACGGGCCUUUCAAUCCGGAUCGUGAGUGUUGCUUUCUUCCUUCUAUUCCUUCACCACGGUCUCCCCCCUUGCUCAAGCACACCGUGGACGCUCCUCCCCUUUCUUAUUGUAUCUCACCUCCGUACACAUUUUUAUUUCCCCAAAAUGGGAAUUACCCAGUUCACUAAAAUCCACCACAGGACUUCAUGCAAGGCGAAAUCCCCUCCCUCGAACCAGAGCACAUAGUCCCCCACCUAAAAGACCACCUGCACUGGCGUGUGCUGGUGGAAGCGGGUGUGGAUGUGCCGUGGGAGGAGGUGCCGGGGUUGGUGGUGUGCGUUUCGUCGGCGGAGGUGAGUUUUGACGAGAAUGGGAUUCGGAGCUAUUCGACGGAGCAUACGGUGUAUCCGGAGAAUACGGAUGGGAGGCCGGCGGGGUUGAAUGUUGGGGAGGAGGCUUAGGCGGUGGGGAGUUGAGCUAUGGUGUUGAAUGAACAGGCUGACAUUUGGCUUACACUUGAGAUAGAACCUAGCUAGAGUGCUGCACUGCAGACCGUUGAAAUGACAUGGGAAAUACCG